AUGGCCCACGCAUAUGUCUCGCCACCACGGUCGCCAACUUCCCCAAGCCCACCAUCUGCGCCCAGCUCAUCCAGCUCUACCUCUACCGAAGCCCUCGCAACUGCACUCUCCCAGCCACCACCACCUACUCUACGUGAAAUUCUCAGCGCAUAUGCCGCUCAAGGUCGGGGAGAUCGAGACAUGCUCAUAGCCCUACUCAAAGCCAAAGCCGCCGAAGACCAGAGAAUCACAAACGUUGCCAAACUCCAACAACAGGUCCUACAGGUCCAGUUGGCCGCACUUGGCGCGCAAAUACAACAGAACCUCCCAAAGACUGAAGUUAAUUCAGCCCAGCCUAAAGCUGUCCAGGACAAGAGCGCCGGCUCAACCCGAGAUGGCCGCAGGAGUCCCGUUUCCCCUACUCCACCAAAACGAUACCGAUCCAGCACACCUGUUCAUGUCCGAGCCCAUCCCUAUGCUCAUGCACGAACGUCAUCGCGAGAGAAUGACAAGUCUUUCUGGGCGGUGACUGGACGAGGGAUAGAUGCUAAUGUUAGCGAUGAGAGGAGUACCAGCGACGAGAGCGGAGCAGGUCACUAA